ACGUCACGAAAUAGGAGAAGGAACCGGAGGCACCGGAGGCGCGCCGGUCGGCGGCCUGCCGGAAUCCCCGCCGUCUCCGCACAUGCUCCGCACACCGGUUUCACUGGGUUUCACAACCCUCCUUGUUCGCAACAAUGAAUGAGCCGCGUGGCGGCGAAACUUUCCACCGGCACUGCCUCGGUCGUUUCCUCGCUACCGCUGCUCUUCCGCGGCGGAAUUUCAAGGUCGACGCCUGCGAGACGGCUGCCUCUAUCCAGUGCUCCUGCUUGGACCGCACGAACGCCGCUAGCGGUGACAACUUUCCUAUCCUCCCCAGUUAUCUGUGAGCAACAGGAUCGCCGAGUCGCCCAGCUACACAUUGUAAGGACCCAUCAUGCGUGCGGCUGCGAGGCGUCUUCUGCGGGUGCCCGCCCUGUGUGGGCGCUCGCUGAACUCCAGGAGGGCUCAGUCCAAGCUGUACCCUCUCAGCUCCGAGCAGGUCUUCGAGCGGGAGGACAGGUACGGAGCCCACAACUACCAUCCGCUGCCAGUGGCCAUCCACAGAGCCAAAGGAGUCCACGUGUGGGACGUGGAGGGUCGGCAGUACUUCGACUUCCUGAGCGCGUACAGCGCGGUGAACCAGGGCCACUGCCACCCGAAGAUCGUGCAGACGCUCCGGGAGCAGGCGGAGUACGUGACCCUCACAUCCCGGGCCUUCUACAACACGGCGCUCGGGGAGUUCGAGGAGUACCUGUGCGGCCUGUUGGGCUACGACAAGGUGCUACCCAUGAACACCGGUGUGGAGGCUGCCGAGACGGCGUGCAAGCUGGCCCGGCGCUGGGGCUACGACGUCAAGGGCAUCCCAGCCAACCAGGCUAAGAUGGUGUUUGCGGCCGAGAACUUUUGGGGCCGCAGCAUCGCGGCCAUUUCCGCCUCCACGGACCCCAGUAGCUACAAGGGAUUCGGGCCGUACCUGCCCGGCAUCGAGAUAGUGCCGUACGACGACCUGCCCGCGCUCGAGCGUGCCCUGGCGGACCCCAACGUAUGCUCGUUCAUGGUGGAACCCAUCCAAGGCGAAGCCGGAGUGGUGGUGCCAUCCGAGGGGUACCUCAAGGGUGUCCGCCGGCUCUGCACCCAGCACAGGGUGCUCUUCAUAGCCGACGAGAUCCAGACCGGCUUGGGCCGCACAGGAAAGCGGCUUUGCGUCCAUCACGACGACGUGCGUCCGGACAUUGUGACCUUAGGCAAGGCGUUGUCUGGCGGCGUCUAUCCGGUGUCCGCCGUGCUGGCAGACGACGAAGUCAUGCUGGUCAUCAAGCCCGGCGAGCACGGCUCCACUUACGGCGGCAACCCCCUCGGCGCCAGGGUGGCAAUCACCGCGCUUCGGGUUCUUGAGGAGGAAAAGAUGGCCGAAAAUGCUGAACGCCUGGGUCACAUACUCAGGGCAGAGCUGAACAAGCUGCCCAAGGACCGGGUACGACUGGUGCGCGGGAAAGGACUCCUCAAUGCCAUCGUGGUUGCACCAGAUCUGGAUGCCUGGGAGCUGUGCCUUCAGCUGAAGGAGAAAGGACUGCUCGCCAAGCCGACCCACGGGGACAAGAUUCGCCUGGCGCCACCCUUGGUUAUCACGGAGGAAGAACUGCGCCAGUGCAUUAACAUCAUCGGCGAUGCCAUCACCCAGUACAAGAGGCCAUGACUGUUUCCCCCUUUAUCCAACAUCGUCUUCCAAUUAAAAACAAACGACCUAAGCAA